GCCCGGGGCGGCGCUGGGGUCGGCCCGACACCGCGCACGAGGAGCGCGGCCCCUCAGCGGCGCCGAGAGUCCGCGGAGAAACCGCCGCUGCCCCGGCGUUCUCCCCGUAGCCGUGCGACGUCUUCAGCCAGAGGAGCCGGGCUGCCUGCCCCCGGAGCGGGAGGAAAAUGGCUCAAAUCAUUGCACCAGCAACGUCCAUCCAAGAUGAGGAAUCCUUGGAAAGCAGAAUGGUGGUCACAUUCCUCAUGUCAGGACUUGAGUCAAUGUGUAAAGAACUUGCCAAGUCCAAGGCAGAAAUUGCCUGUAUUGGUGUAUAUGCAAGAAACAUUUUUGUAGUUGGAACUGAGAGAGGAAAAGCCUUUGUCAACUCUAGGGAAGAUAUUAAGUUGGAUUUUACCGAAUACUGUGUUACAGAAGAGGACAGGCCUGCAGAACUGCAGAAAACGAAGACUCCACCACCCGUAACCAGACAGAGAGUGGAUCCUGAUGAGGUGGAGACUCUUAGAAAGUCUGUGGAGGAGUUUUUCUGCUCUUGCUAUGGUAAAGCUUUAGGAAAUUCAACAGUGGGACCUGUGCCAUACGAAGAGAUAGAGAGGAACCAGUCUGUUGUGAUAGUGCAGGGCCUGCCUGAAGGACUCACACUUACACAUCCAUCAAAUUAUGAUGUUUCCACCCUGAAAAGGAUUUUGGAAAACAAAUCACAGAUCUCAUUUAGUAUCAACAGGCCUUAUAUAGAACUAAAGAAACACAUAGGAGCUGAUAUAACAGAAGCUUCACAUUCAAUUGUACCUCCAUCUGGAAGUUGUCCUCCUGUUAAAGUGAAAACGGAACCAAGCAAGGAUUCUGAGAUCAACGAGGAUCUCGGAAUUUCUUCUAAGAAAACGCCAGCAGUAACAGUGAAGCAGGAAAGAGAGGAUCCUAACUCCUAUCAAGUUAAUACUCCAGCAGGCCCUUCCAAAACAUCAGAAACAAAUGUCAAAAUUGAUCCUGGAAAAAGUUGCAGAGAUUCCUCCCAGCCUGACAAUUCUGAAACAAGUGACGAUUCUGAGGCUGAGUUCAGUAACGGAGAUGAUGGUGAAGAUGAUGAUUAUGAUGGAUUCAUGCCCCCUGAGAGUAGACUGGAGAGCACUGAGUCUGCCAGUGAAGCUGCCAAUACUGGGAGAAGAAAUGCAGAACAGUCCAGUUUUGAUUCCUCCCAGCAUAUCAUGUCAGUAACAACUGAGAACCCUGAGGUUGAGGUCACCAUUGAAGAGGAUGACGAUGACUACCCACCCUCUGACAAGAGACGGAGCGGCACCAAGUCAGCCAAUGAAGCUGCCAAUGCUGGGAGCAGAAAAGCAGAAGAGUCCCAUUCUGAUUCCUCCCAGGAUGACUCGUCAGAAGCAAGUGACGAUCCUGAUGCUGAGCUAACCAGUGAAGAUGAUGAUGAUGAUGAGUACCUGCCUCCUAGCAAGAGACGGAGGAAAACGAGGUCUGCUAAUGCAGCUGCCAGUAGUCGGAAAAGAAAAGCAAAAGGGUUCAAUUGCAAUUCCUUCCAGCAGAAUGUGUCCGUAACAACUGAGAACCCUGAGGUUGAGGUGACUGUUGAAGGUGAUGAUGAUGAUGGUUACCUACACUCAGACAAGAGACUGAAGAUCUCCGAGUCACCUGAUGAAUCUGCCAAUACUGUGAGCAGAAAAGCAGAAGAGUUAAAUUUCAAUUCUUCCCAGCAGAACAUGUCAGAAGCAAGUGAGUGUGAGCUUGACGUCACUUUUGAAGGUGAUGAUGAUGAUGGCUAUGUACCCCCUGAUGAGACACUGAAGAGCUCCGAGUCAGCUAAUGAGUCUGCCAAUACUGUGAGCAGAAAAGCAGAAGAGUUAAAUUUCAAUUCCUCCCAGCAGAAUGUGUCAGUAACAACUGAAAACCCUGAGGUUGAGGUGACUGUUGAAGAUGAUGAUGAUGAGUACAUAUCCCCUGACAAGAGACCGAGGAGCAGCAAGUCGGCCAACGAAGCUGCCAAUACUAGUGGAAGAAAAUCAACCCGGUCAAAUAGUGAUUCCUCCCAGGAUGACUCAUCAGAAGGAAGUGACGAUUCUGAUGCUGAAUUAUCCAGUGAAGAUAAUGACCAUGACUACAUUCCCCGCCACAAGAGACUGAGAAGCUCCAAGUCAGCUAAUGCAGCUGCCAGUAAUGGGACAAUUAAACCAAAAGAGUUCAAUUUUGACAAAUGGAAUACACGAAUUACAGACUUGAGAAAGGAAGUUGAGGACCUGUUUGAAAAAAGAUAUGCUGAAGCUUUAAAAGUGGAAGGUCAAGUUCCUGUGCCAUACACACACUUCCAGUCCCACAUGGACGAGCUGUACGUGGAAGGGCUGCCCGAGGGGAUCCCGUUCCGGCGCCCCACCACCUACGGCAUUCCCCGCCUGGAGAGGAUCCUGCUGGCCAAGGAGCGCAUCCGCUUCGUCGUCAAAAAGCCUGAACUCCUGAAGUUGAAGGAUGUUGAAGUGAACAACACAGCUCCAGUAGUCUCAAACCCAGCGAAAGAAGAGUGGUAUGUCAGAGUCACCAAACUGAGAAAGGCAGUAGAUCAAAUCUUCUGUAAAAAGUUUGCCAAGGCUUUGGGGAGCAACGAGCCCAAAGCUGUUCCAUACAAGAAGUUUGAAGCUCACCCAAAUGACCUCUGUGUUGAAGGGCUGCCAGACAACGUUCCCUUCAGGAGUCCCUCCUGGUAUGGAAUCCCUUGCCUUGAACAAAUAAUUCAAGUGGCCAACAGAAUAAAAUUUGUGAUCAAAAGGCCAGAGCUGCUAAGUCACACUUCAACUGAAGUUAUUCAGCCCAAGUCGAGCAAUCAAGCAAAAGAUGACUGGAAUACCAAGAUCACAAAGCUGAGAAACCAAGUAGAAGAUAUAUUUCGUUUGAAGUUUGCCGAAGCUCUGGGGGUUUCAGAGACUUCAAAAGUGAAUGUUCCCUAUUCAGCAUUUGAGUCACACCCUGACUCCUUGGUUGUUGAAGGCUUGCCAGAAGGGGUUCCCUUUAGGAGUCCCACAUGGUUUGGAAUCCCACGCCUUGAAAGAAUCAUCCGUGGGAGUGACAAAAUCAAAUUCAUUAUUAAGAAGCCUGAGCUUAUCGCUUCCCAUUUGCCUCUAAGGCUGGCUAAUAAACUAAAGGCAAAAGCAAUUAGUCCAAGGAAUUCCAGAAGGUCACGAAGCUCUUCAGAAAAUUCAAGUGUCCCAGAGAUUGAAGUUACUCUUGAUGACAGUCCUAAAAAGGCACAAACAGCAGAGGCUCAGACUAAUUCUCAAAGCAAUGGCUCCAAUACAAAUGCAAAGCAGCUAGGAAGAGAGUUUUCUUUUGAGGCAUGGAAUGCCAAAAUCAAUGACUUAAAGCAGAGAGUUGAAAAUCUUUUUAAUGAAAAAUGUGGGGAAGCUCUGGGGCUCAGUGAGCCAGUGAAGGUUCCAUAUGCCCUGUUUGACUCCUCCCCAGAGGAUUUCUACGUGGAGGGAUUACCUGACGGGGUGCCCUUCCGCCAGCCUUCGACUUUUGGGAUUCCAAGACUAGAGAAGAUCCUGAGAAAUAAAUCCAAAAUAAGAUUUAUUAUUAAAAAGCCUGAGAAGGUUGAGGAAGCUCUCAAAGAAAUGUCUGAUACAAGCCCCCAAAGAAAAGAUAAUUCCUCCAGUAAAGCCAAUACAGCAAGGACCACAAAAAACACAGUAGUGAGCAAAGCUGAAAAUGUUGAAGACCUAAACAUCGUUCAGGUGACCCUACCAGGUGAUGAAAGUGAGCAGCUGCCAAAAGUAGAAAAUGCCAGACAAUUGAGAGAGCAAGUAAAUGAUCUUUUUAGCCAGAAAUUUGGUGAAGCCAUUGGUAUGAAUUUUCCUGUGAAAGUUCCAUACAGAAAAAUCACUAACAACCCUGGCAGUGUGUUGGUGGAUGGACUGCCCCCAGGAGUGGCAUUUAAAGCACCCAGUUAUCUGGAAAUGAGCUCAAUGAGGAAGAUUUUGGAAUCAGCAGAGUUUAUCAAGUUUACUAUCAUUAGGCCGUUCCCAGGACUUGUAAUUAACGAUCAGCUGCUAGAAGAAACUGAAGCAGGAGCACCAGCAGCAGCACCAGCAGCAGCACCUGCAGCAGCACCUGCAGCAGCACCUGCAGCAGCCACAGCACUACCAGAUAACACAAAAACAGAAGAAAAUUGUCAAAUAAAACAGGAUCCAGACCUGACGUCAUAGACCUCAUCAAUACUGGUCAGAAGCUUCCCGUUCUGAGAAGAGUCUGCUCGGCCUGUCUAGAGUUGUGUAAUAUAAUUGUAUAAGAGAAGUAUCUUCUAUACAAACCCUUUUGUACUAUUAUAUAGAAAUGUCUACUUUUUCAGCAGUUCUGUGAAUUGACCUAAAUCAGUGAAUGACUGUAGAUUUGGAAUGUCUGAGUUUACUUUGGAAUAUAUUUUAAGGACUCCGUUUGAUGCAGCAAUGCUGGGGAUACAACAGGGAUUAAAGCCAACAGGAACUUAAAUGAGGUUGUCUGCAUUUUCCAAUAAAGCUGAAUUUCACUGUACCUGAAUGCAUCCUAACUUUUGUAAUGAAAAAUUCCUGCAAAGAGUUCCGUUUGUUUACUUUGGAGAAAAAAAUCCUCCACGUUAAUUUUCAGCUGUUACUUUAAUGGUUCAUUGGACAAUAAUAUCUGUAUAUUUGAAUGAAUUUUUCCUAUUAUAUCUAUGACAAUUCAUAUGUUUUUCCUAAAUAAAAGAUUAAACUGA